UGAGAGCUCUUUGAGUGAACGUCUUCAUAAAGGUCGUCAGCUGAUUGGCAGAAUGAACAGAAAUUCGUGGCUGCUGUGUAGCUGCUGUCGACUGUUAUCAGACAAGAUACUUGUUUAUCUCUGCCAGUCUGCUAUGAAGGGAUAAAACACUUUGUUGCAGCUAGUGUGUUGUACUUUAGUUGUGCUCGUUAGCUGCAAACUCAGUUGCCUGCUGUUAUGGCAUCUUUACUAGUGAAAAGCUUUUCCCGAAAUUGGCGCGCGGUUUCCAAUAUAAAAUCGUCUGCUAUUCGUCCGGCGUCUGCUUCAUUGGAGAGAAGUAUUCAGAGCACAGCAGUCCAACAUGACAUUAAAGCUGACAAGGUAGAGGUGACAUUUGUGAAAACUAACGGCGAGAAGAUUAAAGCGGUUGGUAAAGUCGGUGACAGUCUCCUGGAUAUAGUUGUGAGCAAUAGCAUAGAUUUGGAUGGGUUUGGUGCAUGUGAGGGAACCUUAACCUGUUCCACAUGCCACUUAAUCCUGAAAAAAGAAGACUACGAUCGUUUGCCAGAGAAACCCACAGAUGAAGAGCUAGACAUGCUUGAUUUAGCGUAUGAUCCUACAGACACGUCACGUUUGGGAUGCCAGAUCAUUAUGACGAAAGAUCUCAAUGGUUUAGAAGUAAAGGUUCCUGCAGGCAUAAAUGAUGCACGCAGCUAACACGUGUGCACCGCCCCCCCCCCCCUACUCUCUCUCUCUCUCUCUCUCUCUCUCUCUCUUUGCCUCAGUGACUGACUCUUAAUAGGAGUGAUCUUGUUUAAUAGAUAAACAACUGCUUGAUGUCAUUGCAGGUGAACACUCACUUCUAUUGGGUAAUAGCUCCAAACAUUUUUGUACCUACUGUUAUUUGUUGAAAUUUGUAGUCACAGAACAUGUCCUACUGCUCUCCAAUCACAAAUUCAGUUUCUAUUCCCAUGUCUUGAGGCUCUAGUUUAUGCCAAACUAUACUUGCAUUCUAAUGUGAUACUGCUAUUUUCAGAAGGAAAAAAAAUGCUGUAUGCCUUUGUUUAGAGAUGUAAUUAUAACAAGCUGACUGCCAUGGUUAGCCUAUAAAAUGUCCAGUGAAGUAGGGAAUAAUGUAAAAUACCAAAAAACUGUAGCUUCAGCAACAGUGGCACUGAAAAUAUUCAUGAAAUCCCCUUGAAUAACAACUGGCUUUUUGUAAUGUUGGGUUCAGACAUUGCAAGUUUGUCAUUUCAAACUAACUUUAUAAUAAUAAAAAAAAUAAUAUUUGAUGUUAGAUGCUCAGCAGCAAAUGUAAAGAAAGUUAACAGUAUUGAAUGAUGCGUGUACUGUAGGAUGACACGGAUGUGUAACUAAUGGGUGAAAGUUAAGAUAUUCCCAAGUUUGGUUUACUAUUGUCUUGAGAAACAGCUCAAGAAAUGUGUGUGCUGUAUUAAUAAAAAUGUACAUUUUGUGAAGCCUGUGUGAGAAUAAGUGUCCGAAGACUGUACCUAUCUGUAUGUGGUAAUGUGUUGUUGGUGUCACCACAUUUGUUAUGUUGCUUCUAUUUUAAUAUCUUCUCAUACAGAAUGAUGUACAAAUUCUUGAGGAGCAGUAAAUAUUAUUAGUUUUGGAUAUCAACUAUUUUGCUACAUGAAAGAAAAUAUAUUUGUAAUAAAGAAACUUAAAACUGAAA